CCGAGCUUGGAAACACCAUGACCGGCCGCUCCGUCGUGAACAAGCACAGGGCCUACGCCUUUCACCGACCAUCGGCGCUCUGGAUUGCGCAGAUUUUCGUCGACCAAGCAUUUGCAGCGUCUCAAAUCAUGCUGUUCUCUAUCAUUGUCUACUUCAUGAGCGGACUGGUGAGAGACGCCGGCGCGUUCUUCACCUUCUAUCUGCUCGUUCUCUCCGGCAACAUCGCAAUGACUUUGUUCUUCCGCAUCAUUGGCUGUAUCAGUCCUGAUUACGAUUACGCCUCCAAAUUCGCCGUCAUCGUCAUCACCUUCUACGUCACGACGUCCGGCUACCUGAUUCAGUACCAGUCUGAACAGGUCUGGCUCAGGUGGAUAUACUGGAUCAACGUCCUGGGUCUUGCUUUCAGCGGCCUAAUGGAGAACGAAUUCAGUCGCAUUGACAUGACGUGCACGGCGGACUCGUUGAUUCCUUCCGGCCCAGGCUAUGAUGAUAUAAAUCACCAAGUCUGCACCCUUGCGGGGUCAUCGCCCGGCACUCUGAACGUCCCCGGCUCAUCUUACAUCAUCAACCGCUUCUCGUUUAGCCCCGGCGACCUCUGGAGAAACUGGGGUAUUAUCCUGUGUAUUAUCGUGUUUUUCCUGAUCAUGAACGUCGUCCUUGGAGAGCUUGUGGACUUCGGCAUGGCAGGGAACACAGUCAAGAUCUUCCAGAAGCCUAACGCUGAUCGGAAACGGCUUAACGACGCAUUGGCGAGCCAACGAGAUAACCGGCAGAAGGGCAAGAAGGAAGUGGAAAGCACCGAACUCAAGCUCGAGUCCAAGAGCAUCCUCACAUGGGAGGCUCUCGAAUACGACGUGCCUGUGCCAGGUGGCACCCGCCGGCUCCUCAACAAUGUAUUCGGCUACGUCCGCCCGGGCGAGCUGACGGCCUUGAUGGGAGCGAGUGGCGCCGGCAAGACGACACUUUUGGACGUCCUCGCCGCAAGGAAAAACAUUGGCGUUAUCAGGGGCGAUAUCCUUGUCGACGCUAUCAAGCCCGGUAAGGAGUUCCAGCGCAGCACGUCGUAUGCGGAGCAGAUGGACUUGCACGAUCCAACGCAGACUGUCCGCGAGGCGCUUCGGUUCUCGGCCGACCUGCGGCAGCCUUUCGAGACCCCGCAGGAGGAAAAGUAUGCGUACGUUGAGGAGAUCAUGGGCCUCCUUGAGAUGGAGAGCUUUGCGGAUGCCAUCAUCGGGUCACCGGAGGCUGGCCUCACUGUCGAGCAACGCAAACGGGUCACCAUUGGCGUGGAGUUGGCCGCCCGGCCACAGCUCCUCCUCUUCCUGGAUGAGCCUACUUCGGGCUUGGACAGCCAGAGUGCUUUCAAUAUCGUUCGCUUUCUUAAGAAGCUUGCCGCCGCUGGCCAGGCUAUUCUCUGUACCAUCCAUCAGCCGAAUGCCGCCCUGUUCGAGAACUUCGACCGGCUACUCCUGUUGAAGUCCGGCGGCCGGUGUGUCUACUUCGGCCCCAUCGGCAAGGACGCCAGCGUGCUGCGGGACUACCUGAAUCGACACGGCGCUGUUGCCCAGGACACCGACAACGUUGCCGAGUUCAUGCUCGAGGCCAUCGGUGCUGGCAGCGCUCCUCGUAUCGGCAACCGGGAUUGGGCCGACAUUUGGGAGGACAGCCCCGAGCUUGCUAACGUCAAGGAUACGAUUUCCCAGAUGAAGGAGACGCGGAGAGCUGCCGGCGAGCAGGUGGAUCUGCAGCUGGAGAAGGAGUAUGCAUCACCUCUGAUGCAUCAGCUCAGGGUGGUCGUCCGCCGCACCAACCUCGCCUACUGGCGCUCACCCAACUAUCUCUUCACGCGCCUCUUCAACCAUCUGGUAAUCGCACUUCUCACCGGCCUGGCCUUCCUCCACCUUGACCUCUCCCGCUCCUCGCUCCAGUAUAAGGUGUUCGUCACCUUCCAGGUCACCGUACUGCCGGCGCUCGUCAUCAACCAGGUCGAGAUCAUGUACCACAUCAAGCGGGCCAUCUUCUUCCGCGAGUCGCUUUCCAAGAUGUACAGCCCCUUCACCUUUGCCGCGUCCAUGGUCAUUGCCGAGAUUCCCUACAGCAUCCUCUGCGCGGUCUGCUUCUUCCUACCGAUAUACUACAUGCCGGGCUUCCAGACGGAGAGCUCCCGCGCCGGGUACCAGUUCUUCAUGGUGCUGAUCACGGAGCUGUUCAGCGUCACGCUAGGCCAGUGCCUGUCGGCGCUGACUCCGUCGGCCUUCAUCAGCUCGCAGUUCGACCCCUUCAUCAUGAUCACCUUCGCGCUCUUCUGCGGCGUCACCAUCCCCAGCACCCAGAUGCCCAAAUUCUGGAGGUCCUGGCUCUUCCAGCUGGACCCGUUCACGCGGCUCAUCGGCGGCAUGGUCGUGACCGCCUUGCACGAGCUACCCGUCAUCUGCGCGGCCGACGAGCUGAACCGCUUCGACGCGCCCGCGGGGGUCUCGUGCGGCGAGUACAUGAAGCCCUUCUUCGAGCACGGCGGCGCCGGAUACCUGGUCAGCAACGCCACCAGCGCGUGCGAGUACUGCGCGUACAAGGUCGGCGACCAGUUCUACGAGGCGCUCGGCUUCUCGUUCGACCACCGCUGGAGGGAUCUCGGCAUCUUCUUGGCCUUCCUGGGUAGCAACUUGAUCAUCUUGUUUACGGCUGUGAGUGACGUCCCUAUUGCUUUCCGAGAUAUCCAAGAUUUUGAUAACUAACUUCAUGUGUCACAGAGCCGUUUCUUGAAUUUCAACAAGAGGUAGUGAAGCGGGGCUAUGUCGAGUUAGUGGAGGGCUGGACGCCGUUUGAGCUGCGGCUUGACUGGGUGGGUGUUAGAGGAGGGCCGAGGCGACCGGCUCUUACCGUUAGAAAUAAAAUGCAU